CUUCCCCUCCAGCCCGGGCCGUCGCCAUUGCCGAAGGCUCCCUGCCCUCCCCUCCCGGCGCCCGCGGGGCUCGGCUGCCGCUCGGCCUAGCGGUAGCAGCGGCUGCGCUCCAGCGCGGCUCCUCUUCCCGUCCCGCUUCCUCUUCCCUCCCGUCCCCGCCCCGCGCCGCGCGCUUGCCCGGGGCGGCUCCAGAGCCCGGCGGGAGCUCGGACGGAGGCGCCUCGCUGGGGCGGGGACCUUUCCUCGCCUGGGGCCAUAUCAUAAUCCUGAAUCAUGUCUGAUAACGGAGAACUGGAAGACAAGCCUCCGGCACCUCCCGUGCGAAUGAGCAGUACCAUUUUUAGCACUGGAGGCAAAGAUCCUUUGUCAGCCAAUCACAGUUUGAAACCUUUGCCCUCUGUUCCAGAGGAAAAAAAGCCCAGGAAUAAAAUCAUCUCUAUAUUCUCAGGCACAGAGAAAGGAAGUAAGAAGAAAGAGAAGGAACGGCCAGAAAUUUCUCCUCCAUCUGAUUUUGAGCACACCAUCCAUGUUGGCUUUGAUGCUGUUACUGGAGAAUUCACUGGCAUGCCAGAACAGUGGGCUCGAUUAUUACAGACCUCCAAUAUCACCAAACUAGAGCAAAAGAAGAAUCCUCAGGCCGUGCUGGAUGUCUUGAAGUUCUAUGACUCCAACACAGUCAAGCAGAAGUACCUGAGCUUCACUCCUCCUGAGAAAGAUGGCUUCCCUUCUGGAACACCAGCACUGAAUACCAAGGGCUCAGAAACGUCAGCAGUAGUAACAGAGGAGGAUGAUGAUGACGAAGAGGCUGCUCCUCCUGUCAUUGCCCCGCGACCAGAUCAUACAAAAUCAAUUUAUACACGGUCUGUAAUUGACCCUAUUCCUGCACCAGCUGGUGAAUCUAAUGUUGAUGGUGGUGCCAAGUCUUCUGACAAACAGAAAAAGAAGACCAAAAUGACAGAUGAAGAAAUUAUGGAGAAAUUACGAACUAUUGUGAGCAUAGGUGACCCUAAGAAAAAAUAUACAAGAUACGAAAAAAUUGGGCAGGGGGCUUCUGGUACAGUUUUCACUGCUACUGAUGUGGCAUUGGGGCAGGAGGUUGCUAUCAAACAGAUUAAUUUACAGAAACAGCCAAAGAAGGAAUUGAUCAUUAAUGAGAUUCUGGUAAUGAAAGAACUGAAGAAUCCCAACAUAGUUAACUUCUUGGACAGUUACCUGAUGGGAGAUGAAUUGUUUGUGGUAAUGGAGUACCUUGCUGGGGGAUCACUUACUGAUGUUGUAACAGAAACCUGCAUGGAUGAAGCACAGAUUGCUGCUGUAUGCAGAGAGUGUUUACAGGCAUUGGAGUUUUUGCAUGCCAAUCAAGUGAUCCACAGAGACAUCAAAAGUGACAAUGUGCUUUUGGGGAUGGAAGGAUCGGUUAAACUUACUGACUUUGGUUUCUGUGCUCAGAUCACCCCUGAGCAGAGCAAGCGGAGUACCAUGGUUGGAACGCCGUACUGGAUGGCACCAGAAGUGGUCACACGGAAAGCUUAUGGCCCUAAAGUGGACAUAUGGUCUCUGGGUAUCAUGGCUAUUGAGAUGGUAGAAGGAGAGCCUCCAUACCUCAAUGAAAAUCCCUUGAGGGCCUUGUACCUGAUAGCAACUAAUGGAACCCCAGAACUUCAGAACCCAGAGAAACUUUCCCCAAUAUUUCGGGAUUUCUUAAAUCGGUGUUUGGAGAUGGAUGUGGAGAAGAGAGGUUCAGCCAAAGAAUUGUUACAGCAUCCCUUCCUGAAACUGGCCAAACCGUUAUCUAGCUUGACACCACUGAUCAUGGCAGCUAAAGAAGCAAUGAAGAGUAACCGUUAACGUCAUUGCCGUGGCCUCAUAUUUUUUCCAUUUUCUAAAAGAAGUCUUUUAAUAUAUGAAAAUUAUUACUCUUUUGGGGUUUAAAGAAAUGGUCUGCAUAACAUUGAGGAAAAAAGCAAGCUAUUACUUCCUGAAGACAACCAAGAGAAAAUUAUAAAAUGGAAUGACAACUUUCUAUUGAAUCCCUUGUAUAGGGUCCAAAAGGAAUUGUGGACUGAAUCACUAGCCUGCCUUCUUGCAGCAGACAGCCCAUCAGGGCCACUUAUCCUGCCUGAGAUUUGCAUUUUAUUUUGCUGACUUCAUUGUAGUAGAUCCCCUUCAUUGUCCCUUUUGGAGUAUUUUCGAUACUUGAAUGGCAGAUUUGAGUUUUUCAGAGUAUUUGUUUCAUCUGCUAGUCUUCUUUUCUCUCUC